AUGGCCUCCCGGCCUUCUUCUCGUCAGAGUUUCGUCGACGGUGGACUUCCUAUGGCCGAGCGCCAAGAAAGUGCUGCGAAGACCUUACUGAACAAGGGCACUCGCAUGUUGAAACGGCAAGGUAGUAAGCUCAAUCUUCUACCUUCCCAGAUCGAAGACAGACCAAAUGUCCUCCCCGAAGCAAGGAUUGCCGAGAUGGCUCCGGUAAAAGCUCUUCAACGCCAGCCCACACUGAUCUCCAGACGAUUGAAGCGGAGUAUUUCAGGACCCUUUGCCUUCCAGCAUUUGACUCACGGAGAUCAAGCCCAGUUCCAGAGUCUGGAUUCAGUCAGCAAAACAGACCUCACCUCAGAAUUCAAUGCCGUCCAAGCGGACCAACAACCGAUCAGCCAGAUUCGUGGGAUACCUGUCACGGACCUGCCUGUGAACGAUGACGAGUCAAAGAUACAUGUUGGAUUUGAUGAGCCGACUUCGCCGACUACAAAUGCCAUUCCUUACCUACCAACGACCCCGACACGCCCAAGCCCGCCGCCCAAGGAUAGCUUCGUGCCACCAUACAGUCCUAUCGACUUUCGACUGUCUCGCUCGAUGGAGAAUUUCUCUCGACCGACGAGACUAUCCGUGGUUGCCGUGGAUAUCUCUCCUUCCUCAGAUGGAGGUAGAAGGUUGUCUGCCAUGAGCCCUAUCAGCCAUGCCAGAGCCCUCGCCAAGCCGCUCCCACACCUGCCAAACGAUUUGGUUGUCCACGCUGUCUCAACUAGGGACGACAUUGCAUUACCACUCCGCACUGCUCCGCUGCCCUCGCCUCCGAGGACAUUGAUGGAGGUGGUUGAAGAGGAGAAUACCGAGGAAAAGGUUGUCUCAGAGGCGGCCCAUACGUCUGGUCAGCCACCAAUUGUGGACGCCCUCGCCUCACCUUCAACCAAACAGCGCAAGCGGCGAAGUCAAUCAUCCGGUGAGAUUCAGUUCGGUGCUAUUUCCUACAUCUCGCCAUGCAGGACGUCGGAUCGAGAAACGACCGGCUUGGAAGAUGCAGGCGCGGAGGCAAGUCCUAAAUCCAAGAACCGAUUCUCUGUUGGUGUGAAGCCUAUCGAUAUUGAGAAUUGGGAGGAUGCUAUUGAUUAUUCGUGGGAACAUGCCGCAGAGUUUGAUGAGGACGAUGGCAACAAUACUUCGAAUACAGCUGCAAUCUCUCAUCAACCCAGGGCUCUGAGCAUACCUUCGGAGAAUUAUUUGGUGGUAGAGCAGCCGUCUCUGGACGAAGCAUCUUCCUCGGCCUCGACCCCGUUGACCAUGCAAAUGCCCAGCUACCCUUCUCGAGAUGACAGUGGCCCUAUUCGCCGGCUCGAAGGCGAACCCUCAUCCCCACUCCUUGGGCUUGGAAUCGAGUCUCCGAAGCCAGUUCCCACCGUCUCCUUGGAUGAAGCAGCAGUCAGUGAUUCCCAACCACAGGACAGUUUUGUCUCAACAGACGCCUUCCGCAACCGGCCCAUGCGAAGUCCCGUCUCCACCAUGAGCAAGUCGAGCUCUCAAGAGAGCUUUAUUGCCUCGAUUUUCGGCACACACCGGUCGUCGAAUUCCAGCACGAGCCUAUCUGAUCUCGCCCAUCUGGCUAGUUUCGGAAACUCGAUGGAAAGUCUCAAGCUCGACCUCCAAGAUUUCGGCGCCAACGUGGAAAAGCACUUCCGCGAAGGAAGCCAAGACACGAUACGGGAAGGAUCACAGAGCAGUAAGACGGCGGAUUCCCACGUUCUCGAACCUGUUGGACCGUUCACUACAUCUCCGACCAUCAAACAUGACCGGGGUGUCUCUGCGUCCCAGAUACCCGUGCCUGAGAGGAAGUCGUCAAUGCCAGGAGUGGAACUUUCGAAGGCUCAAGUUGGUCGCAAACGAGCCACCACGGCCACUUCUCGACCUAGACGCAACACGCGCGUCUCCUAUUCUCUAUUUCCUACCAAUGCAGCCAGCUGA